AUGCCCGUCGCUGUCCCUCGACGUGUGCGUCCCGUGCCCGUCGCUGUCCCUCGGCGACCGCGCCAGGGCUCAAGCAACCCCCUGCGGACCAUGCCAAGCGACUCCGGCGUGGUCAGCGCCGGCGAGGACGAGGCGACGGAGGAAGACGUCGCCGGGAUGGACGGCACCACGGACGGCACGGACGAAGAAGGUGCCAUUGGCACAGCAGGAGUAAGGAAUACAGACAGGGCGCCACGUAGCUCAGGUCGUUGCAGUAAUGUUGCUUCAUGGAUCUCUGAAGUUAAAGACACAUCUAAUGUGGCCGUAAGAAAGAAAAGGGGGAGAAGAGCACCUCCAUCUGCUAAAAGAUUGCGUGAUAAAAGGGUGGAUAAGGCGAUUGAAAGUGAUGGUGCUGUUGACAGUGACAGCGAUGAUACAGAUGGACAGGUUGGCAAAAGUCAGCCUAGUGCACACAUUGAGGAACAGGAAGGUCCAUCCUCAGCUUCAGAAGAACAGGACCAUUCAACAAACUCUAAAGACAUGCUCCAAAAAGCUAGCUCUCAAAGCACAAAGAAGGUUUCUAGAAGCUCAACAAGCAGCAAGCUAGGUGCAUCUCAUUUGGAACAGGAAGGUGCAAAUGAAUAUGGGUCUCAUGUGCAAGUGGCUGCUGUGUACAAGGAUAUUGAUAAUGAAAGAAGCUCUCAAGAGAUCAGGGAUGAUGUAUCCGAUGCACAAGUGGAUACAACUUCAUCUAAUGAUAAAAGUUCAGAAGAAGUUGAAGACGUGAAGGUGUGUGACAUAUGUGGAGAUGUUGGUGAGGAUGAGAAGCUCGCUGUCUGUAGCAGAUGCAAUGACGGCGCAGAGCACACGUAUUGCAUGCGGGUAAUGAUGGAAGAGGUUCCAGAUAGUGAGUGGCUGUGCGAAGACUGCCAAACUGCGGUAGAAUCUGAAAAGGAGAAUAGACUAGAGAAAUCUCAGGUGAAGGUUGGCACUUCGAAAGAGCUGUCCUUUGAAGGGGAGAUUAACAAACCUCCCAUUGCUGCAAAGAGCAGAAAUUCUUCAGACUGUAAAUUGAAGGCUGAGAAUGUAGAAAACAAAGAGUCAGAUACCACAAAUGAGGGGAAUGAUACGGUUGAAACCAGGACGGAAGAAGAUGCUGCGAUGACAUCCUCAAUUAGAGAUACUAAUCCUGAAACUGGUGGCAUGUACACGGGGGCUGACUCCAGAAAGAGAGUGCAACCAUCACACGAGAUAUUCAUGUUUGAUGCUGACAAAGGAAAGCAACCUAGCCAUCAAGUGGCAACUUCAUUGGCGUUUAAUGCUCUGAAGAAUCAGGCACCACAGCCUCGUGGCCAACUUUCCAAAUCCACUUCUUUCAACAACUCAAAGGUUCCGAAAGUGAAACAGCUAUUGAAUGAAGUUCCUCAGAAGCCAAAAUUUUUGAAGGAAUCUUGGUCUUCUAUUAUUAAAAAGGAAGGGCCAAUCAGCAUGACUACUAAGUCAGCGACCUUCAAAAAGCCUAAGCCUUGCGAGCCAGCAAACAAGGCAAAGUCUUCCGUCUUGCCACCUGCCGAGGAGCCAAGGGUGACGAAUCAGUUGGUGAGCCACAACGUAACAAAUGGUCAGUGCUCUUCAAUAUUGGGGCCUCCCUCUGCCACAGCAUCAAUGGUUGCUCCUGUUCUUUUAAAAACUGAUACCACAGCUCAGCUCCUCUCUACAAGAAAUAACACGGCUGACUCAAAUAAUUUAGGUGCUGUUCAUGUACAGGGUGGUAAAAAUUCUCUUGGAAACAGUGAGCUAAAGAAGCCUCCUUUAGCAAAAGUGCCGGGAAGUACGAUGCUAUCUAAUGCUGAAAGAUCCUCAUGUGGGAUUCUUGGUUCCGGUGCUCAUAGAAAAGUGAUUCAGAAUUCAGAUUCUUCACAUCAGGAUACUAAAAUAAAGGACCAAACUGGCUUCAGACAGGGUGCUUCUAGCAGCAGUCGGAAUGUGAAGAAGCCUUCAUUAUCAACUCAAGCUAAUGAGCAGGAUCUGAGAUAUAUUUUAUCCAUCCCUGGGAGCGGAGUAGAUUGUAGCAAGCUGAAGUUCAAAGAUACUCAUCCAUCUCUAUCUGCCACACCAGGAAUCUCUUCUGAUAAUGGUUGCAUUAUGCCAAAUGAUCAUAGGGAUGAACCUGCUCAAGGGGUUUCAGCUGGUGAUGAACCAUUGUUUUCAACUGUCCCUGAGCUGGACUGGAUAUGGCAAGGUGGUUUUGAGCUGCAGAGGAUUGGAAGAUCACCGGAGCUGUGUGAUGGUUUUCAAGCCCACUUAUCAUGUUCUGCUGCACAGUUAGUGUUGGACGUAGUUAAGAAAUUCCCUUCUAAAGUCCAGCUUGAGGAAGUUCCUCGGCAGAAUUCAUGGCCGACACAAUUUCAGGAAAAUGGUCCAACUUAUGACAACAUAGGUCUUUUUUUCUUUGCUAGAGAUGUUCAGAGCUAUGAAAAACACUACAGUAAAUUAGUUGAAAAUAUGCUGAAGAAUGAUUUAGUUCUCAGAGGAAGUGUUGGUACUGUUGAGUUGCUUAUAUUCCCUUCCAAUAUCUUGUCAAAGAACUUCCAAAGGUGGAAUAUGUUCUACUUUCUAUGGGGUCUAUUCAGAGUUGGCAAAAAAGAUUCCUCUAACCUCCCAUCUUAUGUAUCCACAAGUAGACUAGAACGAAACUUUAAUGAUGACCCCGGGGCCAUGGAUUGGAGUAGGACUGCUUUGUCAUCUACUCAUUCAUUCUCACAAAACAGGAGUGGUUUUGGCGAAAUUUUGGUAAAGUCAACUAAUUUUGCACCGAGUUUGGAAGCCAGUCAUGAGGUGUGUUUGAAUGGAGAGAACUUUUUGAAUCAGCCUGUAUGUGGAAGAGGUCUAGAUGAUCACCUAGAUUCAGAUACAGAAACAAUUUCAACAAUUAGCAAUGGUGGUAUGGGUCCCUCUUCCAUGUCUAUGCAAAGAAAACAUCAGAAACUUGAUUAUCCAGAACACGACGAUAGAAUGAGGGACACCUUCGGUGGUAAUGUUAGUGAAAGAGAUUUUGAUGUGAACAUGGUGCCAGUUACUUGUUCUGUCUCCUUAACCCAUCUUCCGGAAGAACCUGGCAUGGUGAGCACAACCAUCAACCUUAACGAUGCAGACAACCUCAUGGAUAUAGACCAUAACGAUGCAGACAACCUCAUGGAUAUAGACCAUGUAAAUACCUGUGAGGUUAGCGCAGGUGCACUGGAUCGUUCACAUGCAUCAGGUGGUGCAGAUAAAAGAGGUUUUGAGAUGGCCAAAGUAGCUGAUGAAGUCGAUGAAGUACCCGAGCAUAAGAAAAUUAAAUUGGAUAAUGUAGUUUCUAUGAACUCUGAUUUAUACGAGAAUGCCUACAAUGGAAGGUUAUCAUCUAAGGUGCAUUCCCUUUCAGCUUCUUCUGUGAAUGAUGGCACUAGCAAUAAACCGAUGGCUGGAAGCUCAAGCAGUGAUGGAAAGUGCGUGUUUCCACUUGAUCUAAAUGCAGUGGAUGAUGCAGUAUCAGAGAACAUCGUAAAUCACUACUAG